CCUCCGGGAGCGAUCCCGGCUCCUCCUGCUCGCCGGGAGGGCGACCCCCGGGCCUCGCCGCCUCAGGGACCGGCGGGGAGGAUUUAAUAAAUGAAAACGCAGAAGAUGAGCGCGGCUGUGCCGGCGGCACAAGGAGGAGCAACACGGCGCGGGAUCAUCCCCAGAGGAUGGUGAGCCUUGGUCCCGUUCCAGCCGGGAAGCGGGCGCGGCCUGGAUUUCCUCGUGGGAGGAGCCUUUCCAGGGCUGUCUCGAAGGAUGGAGAAGAAGAAAAUCCUGAUGAAGUCCAAGGUCGCUGCUCCCAACCUCCUGAGGGCACUGCAUUCCCUGUACCAGUUUGGGCACCUCUGUGACGUGACGGUUCUCACCCAGCACCUGGGAAUUCAGGAGGAGUUCCUGGCUCACAAAGCUGUCCUGGCAGCUUCCAGCAACUAUUUCAAGGGGCUUUUCCUGCACGAGGAGAUGCUGGACACCAAGACUUGCACGGUGACCCUGCAGGACAUCUACACGGAAGAGUUCACCUCCUUCCUGGAGUUCGUUUACACCGCGGAAGUGGAGAUCGAAGCGGAAAAACUCCAGCGGAUGAAGGAAAUAGCCGAGAGGCUGGAAUGCAAGGAUCUGCUUGACAUCUGUGAAGAAGUGAAAGCAGAGGGCAGGAAGGGCUUGGAUUUGAGCCUCCACCUGAAAGGACAGAGGGGUGAAAGUGGUGGAUCCCAGUGGCCUCACAUCCAGCACGAGGAGAACCCUGACCUGAGGAGCUCUUCUCAGGUUGUGGCGAUUCCUGUGCAGAGGAAACUUUGGGACAGGCAAAAACAUAAGAAGUUGCUGGCGGGCCUUGAGAUCAUUGGAGGCCAAGGAGUGGGUCUGGAGCAAGAGGACGCUGGUUUUCCAGACCCAAAACCCAGGACAGCAAAGCUGCCAAAAUGUAACAAUCCAGAUUCCACAAACGCACUCGGUGUGGAUAUCGUUAGUCUGGAAAACGAGGAUAGUCGCUCCCUCCUAAGUCAGGCUGAGGCACAGGGAGCCUGCGUUGUGAUUAGGAACACUCUGCCUGAGCGGUGGGAAGACGGAAAGAGUCUAAUUUCCCAGUUUUCCACCAAAACAGAACAUAGGAAGUUGCCACGGCACGCGGCGAAAAUCCCAACGCCGGUGGCCUGCGGGAAGCGCGACGAAUCCUUCCGCGUCCUGGAGCAGUACCGGGAGCACGUGGAGCUCCGGCACGACGCCGGCCUGGCCCUCAGGUCCCGCUGCGAGAGGUGCGGGCAGCGAUUCCCGGCUCCGCGGAACCUCCGGCGGCACCGCCCGUGCGGCUCCUCCGGCCACGCCAGGGUCCCGCGCCGCAGGGACGCGGCCGAGCGGAUCCGCAGGGUGCCCCUGGGGAAGCGGGAAUGCCGGGCCUGCCCCUACUGCGACAAGGUGGUCGGCUCCAAGUGCGGCCUGUCCGUCCACAUCCGGACACACACCGGGGACAGGCCCUACAAGUGCGAGCGCUGCCCCGCCAGCUUCGCCCACAGGUCUGCCUACACCACCCACGUCAGGAAAAUCCAUGAGUCUGGGCAAGAGAGGAAACUCCUGCCUGUCUACUGGAUGGUGGUUCCACCUGCACCUGGACCAAACACCACGAGCCGUGACAAAGAUCCUGACAGAGAGCCUUGGGAUGUAACAUCAGAGGCCACGAGGAGUGAGGAAGAACCCGGGGGUUCAUCCACUGCUGAAGCAGACUGGAGCGAGGAGCAGGAGGAGCAGAAUGGGAAACACCAGGAAGCUGAAGCAAGGAGUGAAGAAGGGAAUGAAGAUGAAGGUGAGAUGAGUGUGAAGGGCGAGGAGGAGGAGGGAGAUUACGAGGCGGGAUGCUCGGAAGUCGAAGGAGGUACAGCCAAAGAGGUGUGUUCCGAGGAGGAUGGCGGAGACUCAAACGAGAAGGACGGCGAAGAACACAAAUCAGACGAAGAGUCUAAACCACAGAAGGUCAGCAAAAGCGGGGCCGACAAGAGCCCCCCCUACGUGAUCCGGUGCGAGAAGUGCCAGGAGCAGUUCGUGUCCCGGAAGCGGUACGUGGAUCACUGCCGGGACGUGCACCAGUGCCUGCCCGGCAAGGUGUACCAGUGCGACGUGUGCAGCAAGGCCUUCGCCAGCUACACCAGCUGGAAGGAGCACCGGGCGUGCGUCCACACGGAGGAGAGGCGCUUCUCCUGCCCCCUCUGCAACGCCACCUUCAAGCGGCAGCGGGACGUGCGCACCCACUCCGUGCGGAAGCACGAGGGCCGCGUGAAGCGGCCGCUCUGCUCCGUGUGCGGGAAGAUCCUCAGCUCCCGCACGGCGCUGGUGUUCCACAUGCGGACGCACACCGGGGAGAAGCCCUACGAGUGCGGCGUCUGUCACUCCAGGUUUGCACAGCCGUCCCAGCUGAAGAUCCACACCAGGUCCCACACGGGGGAGAAGCCGUAUAUUUGUGAGGACUGCGGGGCUUCCUUUGCCGACAAAGGAAAACUCACCGGCCACAAAAGGACACACACAGGAGAGCGCCUGUUCAAGUGCGACGUGUGCGGGAAGCACUUUGCCACCAAGGAGUACCUGAAGUGCCACAAGCGCUGCCACAUGGGCGCCAAGCCCUACAAGUGUGAGGUGUGUGGGAAAACCUUCGGCCUCAGGGCCUCCCUGGCCCAGCACAGCAACGUCCACGCAGAGACCCGCCCGUAUUUCUGCGAGCAGUGCGGGAAGACCUUCACUCAGCAGGGCGCCCUGCGGCGGCACCAGCGCAUCCACACCGGAGAGAAACCCUACAAGUGCCGGGCCUGCGAGAGGACCUUCACCGACAUGUCCACGCUGCGCAGACACGUGGCGAUUCACGACCGGAAUGCUCACUGGAGAAGUUUCCUAAUCGAUCUCACCACCAAAAAGGACCAUAACUGGUCCAAAAUAGAGACCUUUGGGGAAGCCCAUGCAGGAGGAGGCUCCACCCCGGAGAUUUGGUCAAUGGACCAAGGGAAACUUUAUAAACCAGAAGGUGCCAAAACAGCAGCACAGGUGGCACCUGGUGCUGGGGACACCGGGGACACCGACCGCUCUCUCUUGUACUUGUAAGGUCAGUUUUGGCCCCAAAAAUGUGCAGAAUGGGGAAAAUUAUCCCUCAGAACUGGGGGAGUUAUCCCCAGUGCUGCAGCUGGAUUCCAGGUGGAGAAGGGGGUGUAAUCCCUGCUGAGGGUAUUUAUUCCAGUGAAACGUUUAGAUCUGUCCCGAGUUUUAUUUUCCAAACCCGUGGAUGCACCCCAGAGCAUCCCAUUGGGACCGG